AUGGGUUCCCAAAAAGCAAACUUACCACCUCAUGUUCUCAUAUUUCCCUUGCCAAUCCAGGGCCAUGUCAACUCCAUGCUCAGGCUGGCGGAACUUCUUUGUCUCGCUGGAUUAGACGUAACUUACAUUGUCUCCGACUUUUGCCAUAAUCGCCUCCUCAAGCACACUAACGUGUCGUCGCGUUUUGCUCGCUAUCCUGGCUUUUCUUUCCAACCCAUAUCCGAUGGGCUUCCAGAUGACCACCCCAGAGCAGGUAAGGGAUUUGUGGAUAUCAUGCCGGCUAUAAAAAUGGUGACAGGGCCGCUAUUUAAGCGGAUGAUGAUCGAGAAAAGUUGCUUUGCUUCUUCUGGUAUCCGAAGGCCUGUUACUUGCAUCAUAGCUGAUGGAGUCUUGAGUUUUGCCGGUGAUUUUGCUGAAGAGAACGGAAUUGCCCUCAUCUAUUUUCGCACCGUUAGCGCCUGCUCAUUUUGGGCCUGCUUUUGUAUACCUCAAGUCAUUGAAGCUGGAGAAAUACCCCUUAAAGGACAUGGAAUGGACCUGGCAGUCAAAAGCGUCCCAGGAAUGGAAAAUAUUCUUCGGCGUCGGGACCUGCCUGGUUUUUAUCGUGUCAACGAUCUGGACGACACUACUUUCCAAAUAAUCAAAACGGAGACUCAGCAAACCCCGCGAGCCCAGGCGGUGAUACUGAACACAUUUGAAGACUUAGAGGGACCAAUAUUAUCUCACAUUCGUAAACACAUGCCUAGAUUAUACACAAUCGGACCAAAUCAUUUCCACCUAACGGCCAGGCUGGGAGCAAAAGCAACAGAGACUGAAACUUUAAUUUCUUCGGCCAGUAUAUGGGAAGAAGACAGGAGCUGCUUGGACUGGCUUGAUUCACAGCCUCCAAAAUCGGUAAUUUACGUCAGCUUCGGGAGCAUUACGGUUGUGAGAAGAGAGCAACUCCUGGAAUUUUGGUACGGACUGGUGAAUAGUGGGCAGAGGUUCUUGUGGGUCGUCAGACCUGAUUCCAUUAUGGGAGAAGGCGGCGGAGGUAAGAUUCCAGCCGAGCUAGAAACGGCUACAAAAGCAAGGGGUUAUAUGGUGGGUUGGGCCCCGCAGCUAGAAGUCCUGAAUCAUCCUUCUGUUGGAGGAUUUUUGACCCAUGGUGGUUGGAAUUCGACUCUGGAGAGUAUGGCGGUCGGUGUGCCAAUGUUAUGUUGGCCAUAUUUUGCCGACCAAACGAUCAAUAGCAGGUUCGUGAGUGAAAUUUGGAAGAUUGGAUUGGACAUGAAAGAUACAUGCGACAGAGUCAUCAUCCAGAAAAUGGUGGCAGAACUCAUGCACGUGAGGAAGGAUGAAUUCUUGAGAAGGGCAGAUGCCAUGGCAAAAUUGGCAAGAAAGGCUGUUACUCAAGGUGGUACUUCGUAUGAUAACUUGGACAGCCUCGUUGAGUUUAUUAAAUCUACUAUUAUAUGA